AUGAAGGGAGCAGUGGGAUCUGAAUUUAUGGCAGAGUUUAAGCUCUUGUUACUAUCCUACUUAAAGAUGUUGAAGCUGUGUAAACUUCUUGCCCUGGUGACAGGUUUUUCUGCUAUGACCUCCAGCAUCAUGGUAAUUCCCUGGAGAAUCUUCAUCUGUUUCUAUUACUUUAUCAGGUUGCUUUCUUCUGUUGCUCUGUGUUCCCCCAGCUCUAGGGAUGAGGUAGCAUCUGAGAGGACCCCUGAGCUGUUGCUUGUUCCUGAGGAGGAGCCCCUUGAGCUACCACCAGUGUUGCUACUGCCACCGGGAGUGAGAAAUGGCUAUGCCCUCCUGCCACCCCUUCUCGAGGUGCUGUCUGACCAGAGACCUCACACUUGGGAAAGUGAGGCCUCAAGACUCCAACCAGAUUCCAGAGCCCUUAGGUAUAUGAAGAGGUUAUAUAAGAUGUCUGCCACAAAAGAAGGGAUCCCAAAAGCCAACAAAAGUCACCUCUAUAACACUGUCUGGCUCCUCACUCCAUGUGCUGAGUGCAAGCACCACCACAGGGACCAAAUAAAAGAAGACCUGCGCUCAGUGGAUCUGCUUUUCAAUCUGGAUCGCGUUACUGCGCUGGAGCAUUUACUCAAGUCUGUCUUGCUCUACUCCUUUGACAGAUCAGUUUUUAGUUCUUCUGCCAUUACAUGCACGUGCCACUUAGCUGUUGAGGAAAAUGAUCCUUCUGGUAAAGUGUGCCCCAACGUACCACAGUCAAUUACUUUUAAUCUGCACUUCAAACUCAGAAGACACAAAUGGGUUGAGAUUGAUGUGACCUCUUUUCUUCAGCCUCUAAUUGCCUCUAACAAGAGGAGUAUCCAUAUGGCUGUAAAUUUCACUUGUCUGAGAGAUGAUCAACACCACAACUCUAAACACGAAAAUUCCUUUAAUACAGCAUUGGUGCCUCCUUCUCUUCUAUUGUACCUAAAUGACACCAGUGAGCAAGCUUAUCGUAGGUGGAACUCCCUUAGACAUAGAAGGAAGAAUCCAAUGUGGUUCAGAUGGAGAAAUAAUCCACUCGCAGAUUCCAUGGAAGAAAUCGGAACAGAAAAUAUGCAGAAUAAAAGGGCAUCUCGCCACCGAAGAGAUGAUGUGAAAGAGAACCCAUCUGCACCAACUUAUAAUUUGAGUGAAUACUUCAAACAAUUCCUGUUUCCCCAAAAUGAAUGUGAGCUUCACAACUUUCGACUAAGUUUUAGCCAACUAAAGUGGGACAAAUGGAUAAUAGCACCACACAGAUACAACCCUCAAUAUUGCAAAGGUGACUGCCCAAGGGUGGUUGGGCAUCGUUAUGGCUCACCUGUCCAUACAAUGGUACAGAACAUCAUAUAUGAGAAAUUGGACUCCUCUGUUCCAAGGCCCUCUUGCAUUCCUGCUGAAUAUAGUCCCUUGAGUGUCUUGACAAUAGAGCCUGAUGGUUCUAUAGUCUACAAAGAAUAUGAAGAUAUGAUAGCUACUAAAUGUACUUGUCGGUAACAUUUAAACACCACUUUACUGCUACUUAUUUCAGAAUAUUUUCCCAAU